UGCUGCCACGACUUCCGCCCGAAGCCGCGCUUUGUUUACAGUGAGCUACUUGCUAGCCUGCUAGCUCAAAGCAGCGUUCAGGAUGGCCGCGCCAAGCUAACGGUCGACCACUCCUCUGCGUUAAAAGAUUCUACAGGCGGCCACCUUGGAGCCUUAGUAGGGGGGCUUCUCCAGUUAUUACUUGUUGUCGUUGUCUGGCCCGCACAGCCACCAUGUCGACCGGCGUGGCUCUCCACAACCAGAUAGGCUCCAUCAUCACCGCUAUGUGUAACGCCGCCGCGGCUCAGAUCGCCAAAGUAGUGGAGGACGGCAUGGUGGUGCUUCGACUGGAGGUGUCCCAGCGGGAGCAUGAGAUCAGGAGGCUGAGAAGCAGCGUGGAGGUGCUACAUGGCGAGCUGAGAGCCGCCAGACUCACGACGGGCCUGCGAGUGCAGCCCCUCGGCUUGAAUGAGAGUCUGAGCGCCUCUGAGGCUGAGAGGGCGAAUCCUGAAAAGGUCCUAAGUGACUUUCCGAAUCAUGACGUACCUGUAAAGCGAGAACCCCAAGAAGAGGAUCAAUGCGGUCGACCCGGACAGCUUGUAGAAGAGCAGAACCGGUAUGAAAAUGCUGACGCUGAGUGGAGACGGCGUCAAAACCCGCCCAGCAACCCCUAUGUAGCAGCUUCCGAGUCUCCCAUGGACAUCCGGCAGGCCGCACCGUGUAGCAGCUCGUAUGGCCGCAGUCCACACCGCAACCUGUACAGCACCAUGCGAAGGAGGAUGGUCAACCGCUUGAUGUUCAAGAGAGGCUUUGCCUGUCCGUUCUGCGGCAAAUGUUUCGAGCACUCUGGAAACCUGGAGAGGCACAAAAGGAUUCACACGGGAGAGAAACCGUUCCGCUGCGAGAUCUGCGGGAGACGCUUUAAUCAGAAGUGCAGUCUCAAGGAGCACAUGAAGAUUCACCAAAGAUGUCUGCAGGUCACACCAACAGACGUCCAAAUGGCGGCACAGAAACAAAACAGUGCCGACACGCAGCGGCCACCAACAGAGGGAGACAAUCAUGCCGCAGCCAAGCUGAUUUCUUUGACCGAAUCGUCCCAGACAUCAGCUCAAGUCAAGCCUGAGCUGCUGGAGGAGAGCGUAACACUGCCAAAAAGAGAAGAGGUGGACACUAACGGUCAGCAGAGAUCGCCCAGGUCUAAUGGCCCGACCAAUAGCGAACAAGCAGAGAGAUCAGCACAGGAUGCCAUUUCCUUCCCAGGUGGUAGACCGUUAGUCUCGCCACACGCGGAGUCUUCUUGCAGCACCUUCACCUUCCCAGGGAAAUCUUUCGGAGAGGUCAGCAACCACAUGAUGUCACAGCCACCAUAUGCAACGCCGGGAGUCUGUCGGAUAACCGACGACGCUGCCGCCGAGUCCCAGAAUGGCACAAGCUCCUUCUACCAGACGUCCAGGCCGAAGAAGUGCUUCAUCUGCUCGUACUGCGGGAAGAUGUUUGUGCGCGCCGGACACCUAGAGCGCCAUUUACGCAUCCACACAGGCGAGAAGCCGUACGGCUGCGACAUCUGCGGCCGCUGCUUCAACCAGAAGUCUAGUCUCAAGUGUCACAUGAAGACUCACAGAAACGUCAGGAGCACAGACGAGCAGGGGGAAAAUCCCUUGACGAUGCCCGACAGUGGACUGCAGGAAAAGCUGCUGGAAGCCAAGACUGGGCCAGGGUCUUUGGAGGACCAGCUAGCCGGAUACGACGACUCGGGAAGGAGCGACGCUUUAAUUUUGAACCACACCAAUUAUCCUCUGGGUGCCUCAGCCGGAGCCGCCAACGAGUGGCAGUCUAUGAAAGAGCUGCCAUUCCUAGAUGGGAAAGUGAAGAUGGACAUUCUGUCCUUGGAUCCCUUCUCACAGAUGGGGAUACAACCCCAAUGCUCCAAUUUGAUCCUCGGUCCCGAUCGCCACUUUGACCAUGAGCCCAGCUCGGGGAGAAUUGGAACUUUACCGGAGUUCAAUCUGCCGUCCGCUGUUUGCCAGGAGGAGUCCGGCAGUGGUGCCGGCAGCACGCAGAAUUGCUACAUUUGCUCCGCAUGCGGGCAAAGUUUUGACACUUUCAUUUUGUUCGAAAGGCACCAGUGCAAGCCCACUUGGCAUAUUUUGUUUUGGUUUUUUUUAAUCACAGUUUGGCUUAACAUGGCGUGUGUUUCCUUCCAAAGCCAGCUGUCGUCCGUCCUGGAGGUUCUGGUCAAAGCAGCGGUGUCAGAAAUAAGCAAACUAGUGGAUGACAAUAGUGCCUUCUUGCACCUGGAAAUCUCCCAGAAGCAAAACGAGAAUGAAGCGCUGAAGAGGAAAGUGCUUAUGGUGGAGAAUAAAAACGCUCAGCUGCAGAGAGCCUUCGCAAACAUGAUGCACAAAGGAAGCGACGUUGGAAACGUUCCACAAGAGAUCAAGUGUCCUGUACUGGAAGACGCCGCCAUCUCCUUUGCGAUCAAGGAAGAGAGUUUGGACGAGGUGCUGUGGAUCAAUAAUCCCACCGGGGCCGGUGCGGCGUUGCACUACCAGCAUGCUGAAGAGGGUCAGAGGUUCGAGGAGGACCGCCACUUGGCUCGCACCGACGUCUCGGGGAAGAAGACCUUGGACUUUGUAGACGCCUUCGUCUCAAGUGAGCAGGUAGGCGAGGUAAGCGGACUCUCGUUGCUGGUGAAGACGGAGAAAGCGGAGGGCGGGUGCAAGCUGGGCGCGGCCAAAGAGAACCAACUUCCCGACUUGUCUUUGGAUGAGAGGGACACCCAGCUGUGGUCGUCCAUCAUCGAAGGCGGCGACAUCGACUCCAGUUUCCCGGACUUUUCCAGCGUGGUGGACGAGUAUUCCGACUCUUUCCCGGAGCAGUCCAACGCUCGCGUCCUUUCUGGCAAAUCAGCAACUGUCCAGCCGCCUUCCUCCCAGCGGUCUUGUAAUGGCGUUUACAACAGCGACUACAAGGACCUGCAGUUGUCCGGUUUUCAGCCCAGACCCCCGCCUACAGCCUCGCAGGCGGACAGGCACAAGGAUCCGGUCUACAUGCAGAGGAACCUCUCACACGGACUUCUAAGGUGCAGCCAAAACGGGGGACACGCCGCCGGAGACGGACCGACCGCAACGGCGUCGCACAGCACCUUUACACCAGCCGGCCACCAUUCCGACCUCAUCCACCACCGGCCGUUCUCGGGCGGGGGGCGGGGCUUCGUGUGCUCGCAUUGCGGCAAGACCUUUGCCCGCCUCCACCAGUUCAAGCUGCACCAGCAGAGCCACAAGAGGAAGCGGGCCUUCUGGUGCACGGUGUGCGGCAAGGGCUUCCAGUGCUCGUCGCACCUCAGCAUCCACCACCGCACGCACACGGGCGAGAAGCCCUACUGCUGCCUGCAGUGCGGCAAGAGGUUCACGCAGCAGAGCAGCCUGAGGGUCCACCAGCGCACGCACAGCGGCGAGCGGCCGUACAACUGCGCCGAGUGCGGCAAGACCUUCAUCCUCAUGCACCACCUGAAGCGCCACUGCGUCAUUCAUACGUAUGGCUGAGGCUGGCCGCAGGUGGCGCUAGAGCCAGCCCUUUUUUUGCUUUGCUUGUCUUUGGAGAGCAUUCGAGCUUUUUUCGGACUAUGCAAAAAAAAAAAAACCUCCAUGUAGGAUUUUUAAAGUGGUUUGUUCCUUUUUAAAGACUUUUUCAAAGGAUUUUGCGGCGUUUCCACCAAACGGUACUGUCCAGCUUAGUACGUUUUCAUCCUCAAAAGUGGGGAUGUCCGAUAAUAUCGGACUGCCGAAAUUAUCGGCCGAUAAAUGCUUUAAAAUGUAAUAUCGGAAAUUAUCGGUAUCGGUUUCAAAAAGUAAAAUGUAUGACUUUUUAAAACGCAGCUGUGUACACGGACGUAGGAAGAAGUACGCUUUUGACACACUCAUAAGUGAAUGCAAUGCAUACUUGGUCAACAGCCACACAGGUCACACUGAGGGUGGCCGUAUAAACAACUAUAACACUGUUACAAAUAUGCGCCACACAUGUUAUUACUAAAAAUAGUGGUUUUAUCAUGUUGCUCAGUGCGCAAUUUUGGUUCAAGGUCGUGUUUGUUUUGCAAAAUAUGCACCGCAACCACAGAAUUUCCCCACGGAGGCAUAAAUAAAGUCGAUUUAGUGAGGAAGGAUUAGUCGGCAUUAGAGAUGUCAGAUAAUAUCGGACUGCCGAUGCAUACUUGGUCAACAGCCAUACAGGUCACACUGAGGGCGACCGUAUAAACAACUUUAACACUGUUACAAAUAUGCGCCACACUGUGAACCCACACCAAACAAGAAUGACAAACACAUUUCGGGAGAACAUCCGCACCGUAACACAACAUAAACACAACAGAAAAAAUACCCAGAACCCCUUGCAGCACUAACUCUUCCGGGACGCUACAAUAUACACCCCCCACAAACACCCCCCCCCCCCACCUCAACCUCCUAAUGCUCUCUUAAGGAGAGCAUGUCCCAUGUCCCAAAUUCCAAGCUGCUGUUUUUGAGGCAUCUUAAAUAAAAUAAUGCACAUUGUUACUUAAAUAAUAAAUAUGGCAGUGCCAUGUUGGCAUUUUUUUCCCAUAACUUGAGUUGAAGUUGUUCUCUUAUUUUGGAAAACCUUGUUACAUUGUUUAAUGCAUCCAGCGGGGCAUCACAACAAAAUUAGGCAUAAUAAUGUGUUAAUUCCACCACUGUAUAUAUCGGUAUCGGUAAUUAAGAGUUGGACAAUAUCGGAAUAUCGGAUAUCGGCAAAAAAGCCAUUAUCGGACAUCUCUAGUCAAGAGUAGUUAUUACUACCAAAAUAGCACGUUUGACACCCUCCCUUUGGAGUACCAAGCACUCCUAAAGAGGUGAAGCCAGACAGUACAGCGUGGUAAUUGGUGGACAAAGAACAGUCACUUCAGGAAUGGGAAAACACAGAGAAAAAUGAAGACUUGAUUAGCGCCUCUUACACAGUGUGUCCACGCUAUGUUACACCACUGUGCUCUUUGUGCAGCUUAUAAGGAUUAACAUUUGAAAACCUUCCAACGGGACUUGACUUCUUAACGUGGAUUCAGAGAUGCUUGAAACUCCCCCUCCCCACCCCCGUCACAUCAGAAGAUACCAUGUUAUCCAACACAGCAGAAACCUGCAUGACUCGGACUCUUUUUCUAUUGACUUUGUGUGUUCAUUUAUUAUUAAAUUAUUGUUCAAAACAACAGAUGGGUGCGUCAUGAUGUCCACCAGAUUGUUACAUCAACUUUUUGGAAUUUUCUAGUUUUGGCUUUGCAGCAUAAUGAUUUAUAAAAUAUUGAGUAGCUGUAAAAAUUUAAAAAUAUUUUACUAGUUUUUGUGUAGUCACUCUUGCGCAUCAAAAACAGAAAGUUGCACACAAUGAAAAUUAAAAUCGCCAAAAUAUGUUUACAUGUAGUGUAGUGUUGUCUCGAUACCAAAAUUAUUUUGAUACUUUUCGGUACUUUUCUAAAUAAAGGGGACCACAAAAAAUUGCAUUAUUGGCUUUAUUUUAACAAAAAAGCAUACGGUACAUUAAACGUAUGUCUCUAAUUGCAAGUUUGUCUUUAAAUAAAAUAGUGAACAUACAACCGGUACUUUUCAGAGGCGGUAUAAAAAUUAAAAUCGCCAAAAUAUUGUUUGCAUGUAGUGUAGUGUUGUCCCGAUACCAAAAUUAUUUCGAUAC